CACUCCAGAUUUCUAUCGAGGACAAGCAUCUCCCAGGCUGAGCGGAGAACGCCAUGGAGUGGGAGACAACCCUGGUCCCAUACCCGCAUCUCCCCAGGUGGGCCCCGGAGCAUUGCUUCAACUUCAUCAUCCCGGAUUGCAUCCAGACGGAGUCACCAAGUCUCGUAUCAACUAUCAGCAGUCACGAAGACGACACGGACGCAGUCGUACUGUCAGGGCCAGCCGAGUUACAGGUCUCAGAAAUCCAUCCUCUGCCGUUUCAAGAAGACUGCCACCCGAACUGCACAGAGCUCGACCCCGGCCUCGCAAAGCAGGAUAAGAGCAAGACACGGAUGAGCAAGCAAGGAGUAAGGAUCAAUGAAGCGGGUACUCGGGCUAGACAUGGCGACAGCGGAAACAACAGCGGCCUCGACAUCGUGGAGGUACACUCUGUGGACAGCGACACCGUCUCGCCGCACGCGAAGAGUGAGGACUGUCACGAGCAUCACAAACCGCGCAUCGUUCCCGCAUGUCCAGAGCAGCACGGCAUCACGCCAGUCACGCAGGUGCACGAGCAGGGACUACACACGCGAGUUCUGGCCGACGGCAGGGACGCACGGCGCCAGCGCAACGUCAUGGCGGCACGUAAGAGUCGCGCAAAGAAGAGGGUGGAAAACGGGGUGCUCGAGGGCAAGGUCCUGGCGCUUGAGAAGAAGUCCCGGGCGCUCGAGAUGCAAUGGUACAAUGUGCGCGCGAGUUUCAACAAAUUCCAACAGGAGCUCGACUCCAUGAACGCCAUAUGGUUGGAGGAUUUUGCGCAAGUGUCUUGAUUUUCCUUUUGCCCACGAGCUCCAAAGGGUAUAAUUGCUGUUCUACAUCUGGUCUGAGGGCGGUAUGUUCAAGGUAUGGAUUUUGCGACAGCGGUCGAGUUUGCGUGAAUAAUCAAAAAGUUUCACUGCUAGAAGGUGAAUAAAAAAAAACAAAUGAAAAACAAGCACAGAGGUCACUUGUUCGCAAGUUGUAAUCG